UACUUUUAAAGGUGUACAGAUCGAUGUUUUUAAUUUAAAGCAAGAAUGUUUAAAAUUUCAAUUUAAUAUAAAAACGUUUAUAUAACUUUCUACAUUACUUUAGCUAUUGUUUAAUGAUAUUUUUUUUAAAUUUUUAGAAACUCAAUUUUUUUACGUACUAAAUCUUUACAGUUUCGAACUUUAUCACUCGAUUCUCGCGUUUAUUUAAAAUACAUUGCACAUGCGCAAAUUUGUGUCCAGACCUUGACAAGUGGCAAGUCAUAAAAUCAGUCAGCAUUAGCAAUCAACAUCAUAGGCAAAAAUCAUUGUAAUUCGCAAUUUUUUAGGCAGGAACAAAAUAUUAGAUAUUUGCGAUCCAUCAUAAAUAGGUGCUCGAACUGACCAAUUGGAAUGUUCAAUUAAUUAUAUUAACCUAACCGCACAGAAGAAAUAGUUUUGAUAAGAGUGUGGGCAAUUGGCAUUACAAUAAGCUUUGAUGAUACUAAUGUUUUGAUAAUUUUUUAACAUUCGUCGAGCUCUAAUCUUAAAUACAAGUCAAAAUGAAAGUUAAAGUUAAAAUGUUGAUGGGAGAAGAACAUAUCUUCGAAAUACUACCAACAGAAACUAUAUUGCAAGUAAAAGAAAAAAUUCGAGAUAAAUUAGCAAUAGAUGUACCACAACAAAGUUUGUUGUUCAUGGGGAAAGCUCUGACAGAUGAAAAUGAAGUUGGUUUUUACCCAGGAAUUAAAGAUGAAAGUAAACUAAUUUUAGUCAAAAAAGCUCCACAGACUAGUACACCUAAAAAUGGUCUUCACACAUUUAAAACAGAGAUUUUAAAAGUAUUAAAGAAUUAUUAUACUGAAUCUGAUGCAUUAACAAUUGCUAAUCAAACAAUAAAAGACUUACAAAUCAAAGUUGCUCACAUGAGCUAUGACGAUUUAGAAAGAUUAGCUACAGCAUUAUUGCAAGAUCAAGAAAACAAUGUAUGACUUAUUAUGAUUCACCAAUUCAUAAGAUUUUAGUUUCAAUUUUUCAUAAUGAUACAUUUUUACAAAAUUUUGUUCACUUGUGUGUAAAAAAUUGUUUAUUGUGUACAAUAAGUAGAAAAUCAUGAUAAUAAUUGUAAUUUACUCACUAGCAAUACAAAAAUAUUUAUUUUUAUCUCA